AUGCGCACGUCAAGGUGUUUAGGGCAGAGAGCCGCGGCGGCGGCCGAGCAGUCGUUACGCUCUGUGGUGGCCAUUGGACUCCGCCAAGAGUUCGAGCCGCAUUGGCCGGUGCCGCUCCCUGCACCACUUCCCAUGAACAAGGGCAAGCAUACUCUCGUGUUGGACAUCGACGAGACGCUCAUCCACACGUACGGGAUGAGCAAGCAUGACAGCUCCAAAGACACGUCACCCGACCCGGCCGUGAAUGGGAUACCCUUGGUGGACUACUACGUGAUGCUGCGUCCGCACCUGAAAGAGUUCCUUGACGAGGUGCAUCAGCUUUUCGAAGUGGUUUUCUGGACUGCUGGAACGGCGUCGUACUGCUGCGCGGUGCUGGACGCGCUUGAGCAGCAAGUGAUGGGCCUACAGCGCUCCUUCAACAGCCACAUUGAGCUGGCGCGCGAAAUACACCAGAAGAACAGCAGCACGAACCACACCAACUUCUACGCCCUGUCACGCACACAAACGCUGGAGAAGCAGGGGUACAUGAAAUACCUGCCGAUGCUGGGGCGAAAGAUGAGCGGAGUGGUGAUGCUCGACGAUAACGUGCGCAGCUUCCCGCUCACCCCCCGCAACGGCAUCCGCAUCGCCAGCUUUGAACCGGACGACGGCAUACUGCAGCGCUACAUGUUCGCGAUGCGCCGUCUACAGACGGAGAAGCCGGAGAAUUUGGAGCCGGCGAUGAUCGAGUGCAUUCAGCUAGGUCAGCAGGAGAUUGCGCGGUUGGAGCAGGACCGCAGUCUGCUGGAAGUGCUGCCCGUGCUGCGCGCCGUGGCGCAGGUGAAGACGGGCGAGGACGUGACGAAGGAGCUGGACCACUGGCGCGCGCCCGAUUACGUCCAGUGCGACGACUUCAUGGCUACGAUGAACCACCGCUCCAGCGUGCGGCGGAACAUUUUGGGCGUCACACUGCCGGAGCGCAGCGCCACCGCCAUUCCGCCGCCGAAGAACGUGGCGAUGAACACCGGCUUCACAGAGUCCGCCAAGGCGGAGAUGCACGCGCACCGCUCCCGGCCCGUGCCGUCCAGGUUGUAG